ACGAUCGAUCAAAGCGCGGAUCUAUGGAUCAGCCUAUGGUCGUUAACACAGCUGGGAAUGGAGCACGGUCGCUCGAACAAGGAGGAAAAGAGCCUGUUGUGUAGUUUUAAUGGGAGAUGGCGACGCGGUUUGUUUUCCAUUCUUGCUUGGCACGCAUCCAGAGAACAAGCCGGUUAGGUACAUACACGCUUGGAGCAACUCGCGUUUAUACGCGUCUGACUAUCGCUCGUCCCCACCAAAUCUCGAACUUCGCAGCUUCCACCACGGCUGUGUCGUUCGCUACGACUCCCCCCUAGCUCCUCAUUGAGGACUGAAACCAUGUCUAGAUUUUAGUACGCAUCAGAAUCUCCGAGUACGAGUUUUGAUUGCAUUCUCCGCAUCAAUCAUCAUGACGCAGACGUCUCAACACACGAAAUUUCGAUGGACCGAGAAUCUCACCUGCCGGUUCAUUCAGCUCCGAAAGGAUAAUGGGAAGCUGUUCACCGGCCGCAAAUAUUCCGCCCAGGCGGGAUGGGAGUAUAUUUUACAACAGAUGCGGGAGGAGUUCCCUACAGUGAUGGCCAACGUGCAGUACAGAGUACUAAAGAAGAAAUGGUCCAACUUGUUACAACAGUACAAAGAAUUGAAGAACCCGGUGCACGGGGACAGAAAUAAAACGGACGACAUUUCUUGGCCGUUCUACAACGCGAUCGACGAGGUUGUAGGAUUCGAUCGGGAGAAGACGCCGAUCAACGAUGAUUUUAUCGAUCCCCACGAAUUCCUUUGCGUCUCCGUGACACCGGAAGAGCCUACCUCGUCCGCGGACGCGCUUCCGCUACGAUUUCAUCCGGAAACCGUGAGUGGGACGUGUGACUCGCUUCCGGAUUACCGCAAAAUCAAGAAAGCGCGAUCUCCCCUAAAUAGCAAGCAAAGGGGGACAAAUUCCAUACGAAGGAGAGCCUUGCCGCGGCUACCACGUGCCACGGAGUUGAUAAUCGAGGAAGUGACGUCAGUGGCGGACAGCUCCGAACAUUUGCGUAAGGUCUGUAGGCACGGCGAAAAUGAAAUAAGGCCAAGAAAGUCGCAGAGGAGAACCCGAGAGGAUCGCGAGUCACGGACCGAUCGAUGCAUCGAGCAAAUCUUCGAGUACAUCAAGAAACGGGACGAGGAGAACAGAUCUAUCAUAGUACGCUUGAUGCACGCCGUGGAGAGCAUCGCCAACAAGCUGUAACGUUGUUUAGACGAGGAAAGACGCCUGACCACUUUCUACGAAUCGUUGUGCAAUCAUGACGCGAUCAGAUUACAUGGAUGAUGCUCGAAUAACUAUUAUGUUCAACGUCGUAAUUCGUUUUUUCUCAAAAGAUUUUCUAAAAAUUUGAGGAAUAUCGGAGAAGUAACGACAUCCGGCGAUCACAACGCCGGUAUUGUUUCGAACGGUACAACGGCGUCCUCGAGUUUCUGUGUAGAGAGAUUAGGGUAGGCCUGGGCCGUUCGAGAAUCACGACAGGAGAGAUCCCGCAAACCAUAUGGUCGAGAGCGAGUGGGCUGAGAGACUGCUCUUUUCCGAACAUCUGCCCCCAUGCGCACGACUCUACGUUUACAAUCUUUCUGGGCUAUCGACAGGAUCCCGGCGGCAUCGGGUAAAAGAUUACUUUUGUUCGUGACGUUUCGCAGUAGCGCGAAACUCUAUACCGCUAGGAUCGCGUCGGGGAACUACUGGCGCAAGAAACUUUAACACGUCCAUCGAGAACCGAUUUAAAACGAGCUCUUUGAUACUGCUUUCUUUGAAACUUUUAAUAAGGGGAAUGAAAUCGAUGAAUGCAUCAUCGGAAAUGCUAGUAAAACGCUGGUUCAGAACUGGCAAGGGAAUAAAAGGAGAGAAUGAGAGAAACGGAGGCGGAGUCGAUGCAAAGCAGAAAGAGAGAGAGAGAGAGAGAGAAGCGGGAGGGGCGAGUGAACGAACGAGAUGGGCGUGCACGUGGUCUCGCAUCUGCUUCUCCACCGAGUGACCUCGCGGCUGACCCCUUCCAAGUACCAAUAAUUAACUCGGUUCGUGCGCCAAAUGCACACGAGCGCGUACGGGACCGAAUGUUUGCGUCAUAGCCGCGGUGAGGCCAGUGUUCCCAUGAAAGAAAGGCGUCUGCACAUACUUGUGCAGUUAUGCGCGACAAAGGGCCGUGAAACCGGCGGACAAAAGGUGCUCGAUGGCCCCCUGGAACACGCUGUUUCAACCUGGAUAUCGAUCAAGAUUGCGCCUAUCGACAAUGUACCUACGUACGGAACAAUUAAUCCUUUCGCUGUUAGUUUCGUACGGAGGAAUGAUACGGGGCCACGUUAAAUAAUUAAGCUGUACGUACUAAUAAAGGAUAAAUGAAUAAAAA